UCCCAGAAGCCUCGGCGGCUUCUGUUCCCCAAGAUGGCGGACAGGCGGAGGAGCCGCGAAGUUUCUGGAAGCUCCGAGGCGGGCGACGCGGACGGUGGCGGCGGCUCGGAGAGCAAAGGGGUGAACGCCUUCGCCAACGAUGGUAGCUUCAUGGCGCUUUUCAAGAAGAAGAUGGAAGAGCAGAAGCUGAGGAGUGAAGGGGGAGCCGCGCCGAGCGGCGGGGAUAUAGACAAUGGAGGCAAGAGGAGUGUGGCCGCUGGCCAGGAGCAAAGUAAUGAGGCCCAGAGCGACAGGAAGAAAAGCGUGCUGAAUAUUGUGGGAAAGCGGCGAGGUGGGGCAAAGCUAGCCCUCAAGACGGGAAUGGUAGCCAAGAAACACAAGGCUGAAGAAGAGGCUGAGGCGCGUGGAGGAGAUGCGUGGGCCAAAUACAUGGCAGAGGUGAAGAAAUACAAAGCACAUCAGUGCAGCGACGACGACAAAACUCGGCCUCUUGUUAAAUAGCCGUAUUUGCGUGCUCAUGCAGCCAAGAACUGUAUUAUAUUUUACAAUCGUUAAGAUCAAGUCCUCCACCCAUUGCCCUCACUGUACAGCCAGUAUGAGAAUUUUUUUCUUUUGACCGCCUGAAAUACAUAUUUAUUUGGAUUUGUGGUUUGAAAACAACACUUGCAAACAAAAAUCCAAUGCAUUGUUUAAUUUUCAAUAUUGAAAUCCUGUCCACGUUCAAAGGGUGAUUUAUAGUGUACAGUUUCUGUAGAGUUAUAUCCCACAUCCUGUUUUCAACAUAGAACCUGGUAGCCAGGCACUUUUCAUCUUUAUUUUUUAUAACAUGCACGAUAUAGCUCCAAUUGUCAGUAAAAAAGAACUCCAUGCAUAUUUGCUCUUUUGUGCCUCCAGUUAUUAGCUACAAAAUCGUAGCCAAUUUUGAAACUUGUAUCCAAUAUUGUACAUUCUGCUGGCCUCUUGGCAUGUGUUGGCCGAGCUGGCUAAAACAUAGGGAGCAGCUAGCUUGAUCUCUGGCUGGUCAGAUGCCUCCCAACAUUUCAGUGUUGGGAGGAUCCCAGUGCCUGACUGGUGCUGGUGAGGUAUUUGUUUUUGAUCAGAAGUAUUACAUUACUAGCAUUAAGAACCGAACUGUAAGAGGCACAGUAGUAGGACUUGUUUCUAGUGGUCUUUUGGCUACAGCACUAAUGCUGGAGACCAAUGAUUUGAAUCGUAGCCUUGACUGGCCUGAGCUUCUUCCUUGGGAUGAGUCUAUCCAGAGGGACAAAGCUGCAAAUGUGACCACUGCUGUACCUCUUGAGUGGGUUUUCUGAUGGGACAGCCAACAAGUGGCUCAAUGAGUGGGAUUGCCCCAACAGAAAGUGGGAAUGGGCAGUGUGGAUGCAGGUGGCUAAAGUGAGCACAGAAAAUGGGACCGGACUAGGAAAUGUUUCUCAAGUUCUUAAAACUACCUCAAAUGUAUUCAGUGGAACAUUAUGACAAAGUUCUUGUUGCAACCUACCCAGCUAGGUUUUAACCUUGUUGGUAUUGCUUAUCUUCCAGCAGUGCUAGCGAGAGACACCCCGCUUUUUGUCUAAUGCUUGAAUUUUCCUUUCCCAUUAGUGACCACUAAGCCUGUGUGGGUGGCAACAUCCACAGCCUACUGGACGCUGGAAUGGUCUAUAUGACCGCUUAAGUCAAGAUAGAAUGAGUUGGUUCAAAACUGUUAAAGAUUUAUCAGAGCAGUGAAAAGAGCACCUCUUCCUCAGAUUACAGAGAGGUGAAAUGGGGAAAGCAGAAGAGUUGAUUCGGUAGAACCCCUGGGCAAUGGUAGUGGCUGCAUACUGCUGACAGUAGUCGGGAUGAAGAGGGAAGAACUAGAAGCUCGACGCUGGCUGUAUCUUACAAAUUGCAAAGCAGGCGGCUAUACGGUUCCUGUCUUUUUUUCAGUCAGGCAGAGCUCUCACUUUAGCCUGAAGUGUAGUUCAAACUGCAGGUUCAUGCUGGAUCUCCAUAGGACUGUUACUGCAAACACCUGACUUAUAUAGGAUUUAUCUGUAAUAUCAGUUACACUUAUAGACAUUUGGAUGUGGAAUGAAAUGGAUCUUAAAUGGGACAAAAAUAGAUAAAAUAGAAUAGAACUAGAUUGUAGAAUAUUAGAUGUUUCCUUGAAUUUAACAAAUUAGUAAUUUUGACUGAUAUUUAAAUUUCCCCUCUUUGAAUUGUCCCCCUCCCAGUUCAGUCUUUCUGGGUGUGCCUUUGUUUAUCCCAGAUCUUCACCACCCUUUCUGGCCAAUUGCUUGCAGAUGUGAGGUAUUCCCAGGCACAGUGUAACCCACCUGAUAUUUUUUCUACUAGUUCAUUUAGUUUGGGGGAGGGACUGACUGAUUUGGAGAUUGAGUUGUCAUUCACCUUUUCUCUCCAAUGUGCUGUUUAAGGAUCUGACAUUAGAAGCAGACUCUCCCCUGAUAACUCGAUGGGACUGAGCCAUCAAAGCCAGAAAGUUCAUUCUGGUCUAUGCUUUAUUAGGUGAUUUCAGAUGUACAGUAUUGUUUGGUACAUGGGGCUGGGAAGCUGAAAAAUCAUCUAGGGCUCCUGCUUCUGAUCGCUGUCUUAACUGCCUCCACUGAGAGAUGCACACAUUUGGGUGUUUACUGAGAGUGUUAGCAAUACCUCUCAUGGUCAAGUAGCCAGGGUUUGCUGUAUGCAUUCACAUGAAGAAUGACCACUUGGAUGAUAUCUUGUUAUGAUGAUAUGUCUUGCUAGUGUUUCUAGAAACCUGCCACUACAGGAGUUGGCACUCUCUGGAUGGAAGGCAGACCGAAGAAACACUAACAACUUUGUUUUAAAAGCUAAGUUUUUUUGUUUUCAAUCUUAACUUGAAAUAAAGGGACCAAAAAGUACCCACUAUCAAAUGAAACCAUGUCAUUCACCCCCUAAAUAGUUCAGUGAUGAAUAGCUGAGCAAUGUCAUGAAUCCUGUGGCUUUGCUGAAUUAGCUCUUCAUGGCCAGGUUAGAGCACUACAGUUCCCUUCAGCUCUUCCUGUGUUAGGGAGGAGGAAAUUUGGCACUUUUCCCAUUCCUGUUUUGUAUGUAUGGGGUUCAGAUAUAAUAUGAUGCAUUGGUAGUUGAAUAGUCUGCUCCUUGCUAUCCAGACUGGUUUGUGAAUAGCAAUUUGGGAGAGUUACUGGAGGGUGUCAAAAUCCAAUGGAAUUAAAACCCAAAUUUUCAACACCUUGAGUGUCAGUCUUUUAACUCAAUGGGUGACACUUUCACCUGAGUCAAGUUGUAGGCUAAAGCAUCUCUCAAGGUACUUGAGCACACAACUGCACAGAAUUCAGUUUAGAUCGAAGAACUGCUGCACUGUCAGAGGUGCCAUUUUUUGAGUGAGACGUUAAAUGUCUACUCGCGUGAGUGUGUCGGAUCCCAAGGCACUUGUAAAGGAAGAGCAGGGGAGCUCUGAUGUGCUGUCCAACUCUUAAUCUGUUUUUUGUGUUGGUUUGGGUUAUUUGAUCAGUUAUCUCUUGUGUAGAAGGGCUUUACAGUUUGCAAAUUCGCUAUGAAUCGAUUUUGAAUGUUCUGAGGCUAAAGGCGCUAUGUAAGUUCAUGUGGGAGAAGAGAAAAAGCUUUUUUUUAUAAACAUUGUGUGUGGGAUUGGAAUUGAAUCUGAACUUCCUGAUUAUGUGCAAACAGCAGUAGUUAAUUGAAUUGAAUCAAUGAGGGGUUCUGGAAGUUUGUAAUAAAUGGACAAAUCUG